AGUGAACGCCCCCACUCCUGAAGUUGUGCGAAAGAGUCUCAAUCAUCAGGCGGAAGAGGACAUCUAAGUACGAAUUUUGGAUAGCCUCAAGUUAUCUAGGUGUCACUGUGUGCAUGUAUCUAGUUCCUGGGGCAGGGCCACCAGAGGGCAAUGUCUGACAACAGCAAUAGUGCCAAUGGCAACAACUGGACCAUCAUACCACCACCAGAGGCACCUGUUGCUGAGAAUGUGGGUCCCGUGCUGGAGGACUCCCGCGGCCAUGGAGAGCUGAGCAGCUCAGUGGACCCUGAUCCUCCCCCAGAGCUGCAGCUGGAGUCGGCCCUCUCCCCCUUGCAGCAGACAGAACCAGAGCUCUCGUCAGAGGUCCAGACACAGCCACUGCUCUCGGCAAGAGCGGACGCGUCACACGGGCAGAGUGGAACCGACCAGUCUGUCGAGCAAGAACCGUUAAGUGAAGGACUGUCCCUGGAUGGCCUUGAUGACCACACUCAGAAUGACGACUCCACCCCCAGUGUGGUCCCUCUGAGCUCCGUCGCCGAGGGCGAUGAGUCCACGGCCCUCGAUGAGCACAGUGUGUACCACGGCUACGCGGAGAGCCACGCCCACCCCAGCGCCGACACGGAUCUCUUCUCCGAUUCGUACACGCACAUAAGCUCCACCCCCGAUGCCAUACACACUGUCGAGGAGGAGGAGGAGCUUCAAGAGGAAGAGGAGGGGCUUGAUCAGAGAAGAAAAGGCACCGAGGAAGUAAAACUGUCAGACAGCCCGCAGGAGUCGGUGUCGGCGACGGAGGGAGAGAGCGAGGGAGACGGCCUGAGGAAGAGGAGGAACGUGUCCCUGCUGGGCUCCCUGGACCGCCGCGGCAAAGACGGAGAGCGGGAGGAAGAGGAGGAAGAGGAGGAGGAGGAUGGGGAGGAGUACCGGCCGCCCCCAGCAAGGGAGGAGGAGACGGGCCUGUCUCUGAACAAGUGCAUCCUGGGAGCUCUGCUGCUGCUGGGCCUGGGGACCAUCUUCUUCUCUGGUGUGUUCAUCGACCUGGAUGAGGAAGCAGAUGAUGUGAAGGAGUUGAAAGAUCGAGAUCUCGCACAGGAAUGGUUGAAGAGCGAAGGACGUCCAGACGCUUAUGCUGGAGGGAAACACCCCGGACUGGUGGACAAAGAAAAUGAACAGAUCGCAGUACUACAGGCCCAGUUACAGCAGGCCCAGAAGGAGCAGCUCACGUCUGCCCAGCAGCUGUUGCAGGAGGGGGCCAAGGAGCGGGAGCGGCGGGAGCGCCUGGAGAAGGAGAACCUGAAGAUGAAGGGGGAGCUGGAGUCGCGGCCCGUCCGGCAGAAGGAGCUGGAGCAGGAGAACGAGAGGAUGAGAAAGGAGCAGGAGAAGUCCAGGAGGGAGCUGGACGGCAUGUCGGCCAUUCAGAGGGAGCUGGGCGCUCUCAAGGCCAAGAUGGGAGCAGUGCCCUCUGCUGGUCAAUCCACAGAACAGCAGAGCGGCCAAGAUCCACAGCAAAAGGGGGAGAGGAAAGACGCAAAGGACAAGAAAAAACAUCUAAAGUUAGAGAAAGAGAAAGUUGAAAAAGAGCACAAGAAAGAAUGGAAGAAGCAGAAGAAAGAGGAGAAAGAGGCGAAGAAAGACAAAGGUACCAAGAAAGAUGUUGGAGAGAGGAAAGAGGGGAAGGAGAAGAAACAUGAAGCGAAGGAGAAAAGAGGUGCGGUAGAAGGCAAAGAAUGGAAGGACCGAGGAGAGAAGGAGUUGAAAGAGGAGAAAGAUUGGAAGAAGAAAGAGAAGAAGCUUUGGGCAAAGGAGGGCAAGGCUGAAAAGAAGGAGGGGAAAGACAAGGGUGAGAGGAAAGAGGACAAGAAGUGGAAGAAGGACAAAAGCAUGGAUGGACACAGAGAAGGAGAGAGGAAGGAAUGGAGAGAAUGGGAGGAGAAAAGAGGGAAAAGGGGAGGAAAAGAUGGAGAGAACAAGCACAGAGACGAAGAUAGAGCACGGAAGGAAGAUAAGAAAAGGAAAGGUGAUGACAUGAGCGACGGAAAAGUGUGGAAAAAGAAGAAAGACUGGAAAGACACAGAGGAACGGAGUGAAGAGUCGGACUGGAGAAAAAGAAAAGACGACGGCAAGAAAAAGAGCGCAGAAGGGAAAGAGGCUGGCCAGAAAAAGUGGAAGGAGGAGAAGGACCACAACUCCGAAAGGAAAGAAUGGAGAGAGAGGAAGGAGGAGAGGAAACACUCGGGCGGCAAAGCGAAGGAGCGGUCUAAAGAGGACGAGGAAGAUGAAGAGGAAGAACAUGGGGAGCACAGGAGAGAUCACAAGUGGAGAAAGCCCAGAGAUGACCACCACAAAGGCCAGGGCAGAGCCGGGAAACACCACAGACACGACAACAAAGACCAUCGCGGCCAGAGCGCGGACGACAAGACCUCUUCCCAUCUUCACGACGACGACAACGACGAUGAUGACGACAACGAUGACCACACUGACGGCGGUCGUUUCCGCGGCGACUACUGGAGCCAGCAGCGCCAGAAGCUGCAUCACUCCCGCGAGCCUCCGGCCGAGUGCUCGGACGCGGCGGCCUGCGCCCGCGCCCAGGGCCUCGUCCCCGUCUCCCUGGGCGACUUCGAGGCCCUGCUGCUGGCCUACCUGGACCGCCUGGACGCCGCCGCCUCCUCCGCCGAGGACCAGGCCUCCCGGAGACAGAAGCUCAGCGCGCUGGUGAGGGAGUUCUUCGCGGCCGACGGCCUCUUCGCCCACGACCGGACGCCCUUCGGCGAGUUCGUGGGAGACGUGUCGGACAUCCUGGAGGACAUGGCGGAGGAGGAGGAGGAGAACCGAGAGAUGGAGGAGGAGAUGGAGGGCUUCCAGAAGGACGCGCUGGAGAGGUUCGCCAUGCCGGAGGAGGAGGAGGAGGAGGAGGAGGGAGGGAAGGACGGCACGGAAGACAAGUCCAAGAGAACGAGUGGCAGAGUAAAAGGCUGAUGGAGAUAUUCACCGCCUACAUUGAUAGAGAUUUAAGAAUUCAGGAGAGGAACGUGCUAGAAAGACGAGAGGGAAAGAUGUCAUGUCAUGUAGUGUCAUGUUAAGCGAGCGAUAAGGUUAGGUAGGAUUGGGUUGGGUCUUCUGAUUUGAGUCUCAGAGCUCCCCUGGUUCGAAAGAUUAAAAAAAAAGAAAAAUCUCCACAGCUUGUCCAUAGCAAAAACCAUUUGCACCUCUGGAGUAGAUUCUGCAGGUAUCUCAGCCAUUGUACAGUUCUCCAGAAAAUCGCUCUCUCUCACUGCUGUAUUGUGUUUAGUACAAAGACUUUCUGAAGUAAAGAAUAUCACAUGGGGUGGACUGUUAUUGCACUUACUGUAAUUGAACUCACGAUCACUGAAACUAUAACUGAGUAUGUAAAUAUGCUAGAAUGGCUUUCCUUGUGUAACUUAUUGCCUGUGGCGGGAUCGGUCUCUAGUCUUUUCACAAGGCAAGCACAGCUGCACUCAUUGUAAUUGACCAUUUCAUGAGGUACUGAUGCCAGUUAUUUUAUUAUAUAAGUACGAAGAAAACAAUGCUGCAUGGCAGUGUUAAUAUUGUUUCAAGGAUCUACAAAAAUGCAGAUUAUUUUUUCUGCCCAGCGUGACCGUUAAGAAGAAGACUGUCCUCUCAGACCACACAUGGUAAUAGUCAGAGAAGGGGGGGGGGAGACACAACAAGCAAUAAAAGAUCCAACUUCACAUCAGUAAUUGCCUUAUCAUUCACGCACCAAGGGUGGCUGUGGGGUUUGUUUCACUACUGAGUUUUAAAAAUAAUAAAUGUUUGAACGCUUUGUUUGCUAUUGGUAUGAGUUAUGAGGUUAAACAUCCUGAUAUCAAAGGCUGUUACUGGAGCAUUCAUGGAGUGCAUGGCACUCACACAAUGUGAUUUAACCUGAAUUCUUACAGAGUACUUACACACAACUGUGUAGACUCUUCCUAUAGAACGCCUUUGAAUUAUUUAGAAUAAAAAGAUAGCUCACCUAUGUAAGCACCAUUAGAAUCGGCAUUUACUAGAAGAAAAAAAAAACAUUUUGUCUUUCUAGGACUGUGGUCUUGUUUAUACUCUGGUACGGCCUGCACUUUUUUGUUAUUAUUAUUACAAUACUUUUAAAAUGUGUCGUUGCUUGGUUAAGCUCUCAUGGAACUUUGCCCCCUAAUGUCAUAAUCUUAAACAUGUCUUAACAAACACAGAAGUGAGAAAAAUCCUUUAAGAAACUGAAAAACAGAACAUUCAUGAUUGUAUUGGCUUUGUGUCUCUCUGGUCAGAGAUUUAAUUUGUGUGGUAGAGAAAUUAUUAGUUAAUACAUUAAAACACAAUUAACACAUCCAGUAAUUACUUGUAAUUGCUUGAAUAUGAGUUUAGGUGUCUGUUUCCAAAAUAACACAAAUUUGAUGGAACACUUGCAGAGCAUUGUGAUGUUUUAUAUGUGAUGAAAACUGUUGAAUGUAUAUCUUCUAUGAAAUUAUUGAUGAAUAAAAAAACUUUGUGAAA